ACUACGGAAACCGAAAGGAGGAAUCGAAAGGCAACAUGAAGCGUUUUCAUUAUGUUGAUAGCGCACCAUCUUAACUGUGUAACGAGCUCUAGAUGACUACAAUCAAAUGACGAUAAAUCUGUUGAAGAAAAUUGAGCAGAAAAUCGAUUUACGAUCUACUUACUGUCUGCACUGUGAAGAUUUAUUGCUGACAUUUACAUUGAGGUUGCAUGUGAGACUAAGUGAUAGCUGCGUUGAAAACAUAUAAUACGAGGUGUUGACUGGGUUGAAAACGCUACUUCUUCCUAGUAUAACCAUGGGGUAUUCCAAGAAAUAAUGAACAAGGAUAAUAAUUAUUUUCCCAACGAGAGAAGAAGUCGUAAGGGCGGCCUAUCAUACAAGUUGCUAGCAUCGAGAUCGAAGAAGCUGAACAAUGGCUGAAGACUUGUGUUUUCGGUUUGAUGACGAAACUGACAACCAGCCCGAUGAAAGUGGAGGACGAGGAGGAGGACGUGGUGGAAGAAGAAGAGGAGGAAGGCGGGGUCCAGCAGCGGGAGGCAGAGACAGGAGGAGGGGGAGUGAGAUGUUUGAUGAUCGGUCUACAAACAGAGCAGAGCAAGGGGAGGGAGGAGCUCUACGGAGAUACACGUCAGCGGAAAGUCUGAACAGAGGUCAGAGAGGUCACAGAGAGAGGCCUUGGAGAGAAAGAGACGGCAGUGCAGGCAGACGAGGAAGAGAUGGCGGCUAUGAAGAAAGAGGUUACAACAGAAGACCUAGAGAUGGCUAUGGGGAAGGAGAAAGAGAAAGAUUUGAAAACCAAGCGGAGGGCCGAGGAGGAAGAGGCGGUGGGAGAGGAAGAGGAAGAGGAAGGUUCAACGUGAGAUACUUUUCUGACCUCACAGACCCUGCUGACGUCACCCUUAAACUGACUGGCAAGCUUCCAGAGUUUGAAGAAUUCGUAAAGUCUGACACCAUAUCUACAGACGACGCCUCAGAACUUCUUAAAAUAUUUGGGAAAGUUCUCGACUGCGAUAUGCAGAGGACAAGCGUCCUCAAAAUCCUCCACGUCGUCUGCAACUCGCGAUUCCUGGACACUCACUUAGCCAACAUGCUGCUCAAGCUAGAGGCGUCGCAUGCAGAUGGUCUGUUCUUCGAAAAUAGGUUGGAAAAAGUACAGCAGACCGUGGAAAUGAUGUGCAAGCUGAUAUCACACAUCUGUACCAGGUUUCCGACAUUUGCAUCAAAGGGUUGUCUACUGCUCAUGUCUCUAACCUGUCAGGCAGGCGUCAUGGCAGUCGUGAGAAAGAAACAGGGUCUGGAGGAGGAGGUGAGAGAGCUGAUGGCUGUAUGUCAGAAAAUUAUGACAAUGGCACAGGACCCCACUGAGAAGAAACAGAAUGUUAGGAAGGCUUUAGGCCCUAAUGAAGACGACGAAACUCCACCGGAGGACUUUACUGAACUGUCUAUUUUCCCAACAGGCCAGGACAUGGAAUGGAACGAGAAGCCAUUUCUAAGGGCUAACAAGACAGAAGGAGGGUACAAAGAUGUUAAUCACUACCUGGACGUUCAGUUUCGUCUCCUUCGUGAGGACUACAUACGACCCUUGCGUAAAGGCAUACGAGAGUACAAAAUAAUGAAGGAAAAAGGGGAAAAUAUCAAAAAGAAUUCAGAUCUCAGGUUGUACCACAAUGUUAAGGUUAUUGGUCUGGCAUGCAAGGAUAGCCUGGAACAUCGUAUUCAGUUUGACAACACACAUCUGAAGAACAUCCGAUGGGAGUCUUCCAAAAGACUCUUGUAUGGCUCGCUCGUCUGCCUGAGUAGGGACGACUUCCAGAACACGUUCUUUGCAGUAGUGACCAACAGGGAUAAGAAAGACAUCGAACAGGGCAUCCUUCAAGGUCCGAUUUAUGAACAGCAUUCACGGAUUCUCAACACUUCGGGCGACACCUUCAUCAUGGCAGAAACUACAGCCUACUUCGAGGCAUACAGACACGUGCUGGAGGGUCUCCAGGAGAUGAAGACAAACGUUCCUCUCGCUCGCUACAUCGUUGAGUGCAAAACUGACAUCAAGCCUCCCCAGUAUGCACGUGGCUACGGUACCACCUUGAAUAUCAGGUAUCUCCUGAAAGACGAAUGCCAACAGAAUACGCAGGUGUCAGCACUGCUCCCAACUCGUUGGCCACCCGUUGAAAACACACCUUUUAACCAGUCACAGUACGAUGCCGUGAAGACGGCCUUAACAAAGGAGAUCGCCAUCAUCCAAGGACCUCCUGGAACAGGCAAGACGUAUGUCGGACUGAAAGUGGCCAAAGUACUUCUAGAUAACAGAGAGGUUUGGACAUCAAAGACCGAUGCAAAGCCAAUGCUUGUAGUUUGCUACACUAACCAUGCCUUGGAUCAGUUUUUAGAAGGAAUACUGGAAUUCUGCCCAGACGGCAUUGUUCGAAUCGGAAACCGCUGCAAAACUGAGCAACUGGAUCGUUUCAACUUAAAACAGAUUAGAGCACAGAUAAGAAAAGAGAAGAGAGUCAAACUGGACAUUCGAAACAGCAUCAAUGACUGUUUCAAGGGGCUGUGUAAUUUGAGAGAAAGAGUGGAGCGCGUGUCGGCAAGGUUGGAAGCCACAACCAAGGGCAUUCUUGGAGAAAAUGCACUGAAGGAAGCAAUACCCAGCUAUCAUUACAUAUCACUGGUCAGGAAUAGGCAAACUGGGUUAACCGGUGCACCCAGUCGGCGUUGGCGCAGUAAAUGUACUCAGGAAAUAUUACCCGAUAAUUUGCUGAAACAAGUCAUCAACAGUAAUGUCUUCAGAGUAAUUGCUGAAACAUCCACACAGUCACCCUGGUACCGCAAAGACUACUGUGUGAAAACCUGGUUGGGACUCUCUCCAGAUACGAUGUCGCUACAGAACCUUCUGGACCAGUUGCUGGAGGAAGAUGAAGGCGAUGAGGCAGAGGAGAAGCUGAACGUCGACGAAGAAGCUGAGUAUCUGCAGAAGGAGCGACAGCUAGAUGACGCUGACGACGAUGAUCUGUUCGACUUCGUGAAGCGUCACAAGUACAGUGUCAAGGAUGCCAUCUCCGACCUUGGCAUUGUCACGACGGUAGGAAAGGGCAGUGACAAAGACACGAAUGGGUGGGAAAUGCCAAAGGCACAGAGAAAACAACAGGAGAGAAGACUCCAACAUCUCCUCAAGACAUCACAGGCCAUGUCCGAGAGAGAAGCUUCAGCCAUCACUGAUGUCUGGAGUCAUCGACUUCAGGUGAAAGACAGAGUGAGGCUGUACCUGUUCUGGCUCGACAGAUACCAAACCUCAUUAAAAGAUUCUAUAAAAGACGAGGCCGACACUUACGAGGAAGAAUCGAAACGACUGCAGGAGCUGAAGUUCGCCGAAGAUCGCGACAUCCUGCGCAGUAAGGCUGUCAUCGGGAUGACAACCACGGGAGCUGCUCGCUACCGCUCGGUACUGAAAGACAUCGGCUGUCCCAUCGUGCUGCUAGAGGAGGCUGCUGAGGUGCUGGAGGCGCACGUGGUGACGACACUGAGCGAGUCGUGUCAGCACCUCAUCCUCAUCGGCGACCAUCAGCAGCUGCGGCCGUCGCCCACAGUGUUUGAGCUGAGCAAGUUCUACAACCUGGACAUCUCGCUCUUCGAGCGCCUGAUCAAGAACCAGCUGCACCACAACCUGACCCUGCAGCACCGCAUGAAACCUGCAAUCGCAAACUUCCUGCGCCACGUGUACCCGGAUUUGACAGACCACGAGACUACAAAGAACAGGAAACCCGUAAGAGGAGUAAAGCAAGACGUGUUUCUUCUGCACCACGAGUUUGGCGAGACGAGAACGAACGAGACGAGCAGCAAGAUGAAUGAUCACGAGGCUGACUUCUGUCUGUGUCUUUGCCGCUACCUGCUACAACAGGGCUACACAACUAGUCAGAUCACCAUCCUCACAGGCUACUCCGGCCAGGUCUUUGCCUUGAAAUCUCGAAUGAAAAAAGAGGCAGAAUUCUACAAAGGAGUGCGUGUGACAGCCGUCGACAACUACCAGGGAGAAGAGAACGACAUCAUCAUCCUCUCUCUCGUUCGAAGCAACGAAGAAGGUAACGUAGGGUUCCUAGGGACAGACAACCGCGUGUGUGUGGCGCUGUCCAGAGCCAGGGAUGGGUUAUACGCCAUUGGCAACUUCAAGAUACUGACAGAGAAAAGUGAACUCUGGAAGAACAUUGUAAAGACCGCAAAAAAUACGGGCGAUGAAACACAAAGUUCUAAAAAAGAUGAUUUCCAACAUGUGCCGGAGGGUGGAUGCAACAGGCCGUGCACUUUCAGACUGAACUGCGGUCACGUGUGUGAGAGGCUGUGUCAUGGUUACGAUGCGGAUCAUAAGAAUUACCAGUGCAUGAAGAAAUGUGGACGCCCUGUGUGUACAGAAGGACACCUCUGCCUCAAGAAGUGCUACGAACCGUGUGGAAAAUGUACCCAGCGGGUGGAGAAGGUGAUCCCCAUGUGUGGACACAAGGCCAUGAUAGAAUGUCACAGAGACCCUCAUAUACUGCUCUGCACAAGUCGCUGCGAAGGAAAUCUUGAGAAGUGUGGCCACCAGUGCUCAGGGAAAUGUGGACAGUGUCGAGAGAGAAAGAAGUCACGUUGGCCAGUGCACAGAAGAGGUGGAGCGUGUGUGGCCAUGUGGGCAUCUCAUAAAAGCCCCUUGUUACGCAACACCGGCUACAAGACCUUGUCAUCAACCAUGUGGAGUCACGCUGGACUGCGGUCACGUGUGCAAGGGUUCAUGCGGAGAGUGCUUGGGUGGUCGCGUGCACAGGGGUUGCGGAGAAGUUUCCAAAACUUCUGCCGGGAUGUGAUCACGUGAGUCGUCUGCCAUGCGGAAGCAAAUGGAUGCCGUGCAAAGAGCCUAAAUGCCUGGACAUCAUGCAAGCACAGCAGAUGCAGUCUUGUCUGCGGCGAGCCGUGCAAACCCUGCGAAGAACAAUGUCCGUGGAAAUGCGAACACAAGAAAUGUCAGUCCUUAUGUCACAGUCCUUGUCCACCUUGCGAUUUCAAGUGUCGCCAAAACUCAAAUGCGGUCAUCUGUGCUCUGGUUUUUGUGGAGAGACAUGCCUUUGCUUUAAAUGCGAGGAAAAGAGUUUUGUUGCCCUGGAAAUUCAGGGACUGCUGUCCAAAGAGGAAUGCGCAAAGGUUGAUGACGAUACGUUACUGGUCAAGCUUCCUGACUGCAAGCACAUAUUUCGAGCCGAUAUUUUGGAUGCUUAUGUUGAGAGAAAGCCGUUAUUGCCUGGCAAGUUCCUCCUAUGUCCAGCCUGUAACACGUCCCUAAAGGACUGGCACUGCUGGCGGUAUCACGGGAAACUUAGAACCCGUCGACUGGAACACGAGAGAAAGAAGGCUGCACUAAAGACAUCAACCUUGGUGUCAUCACAACGUCAGCACAAAAUCUUCAAGUCGAUGGACAUGCUGAGAGGCACUGAGAAGGACCCACGAAGCUUUGCCUAUAGCGCGUCACGAAAAAGUCUGGAAAGUAGAAUCCUCAAUGUCAACCAGUGCUUUGCUUUAACCAAUCAGAUCAAGCUUGCCAAAAUGAUCGAGAUGAUCGACCAGCUUUUCCUCAAGUCACGCAUUGUUCGAAUUUCAGAAAGGGACAUAAUCAGCGAUCUUCAGGAUGAUGUCGAGGCCUUGAAGAAGAGUUGUGCUGCCCCCAGUGGACAACAUGAGUGAGCAGCGUCGACAGGAAAUGACGUCAGAAGCCCGGCGACUCGCUUACAUGGUGCUUCUUGCUUGCCUUAAGGGAAUGACUUCCCAUUACCUUUAUGAUCAUAGAGACACAAUGUCCUCUCUUCAGCGGCAAGCCGAGCAGCUUUUGCAAACCCUAAAGAGCAAGAAGAAAGGAUUUAUUCCAAUGGCAGAAUGUGAACACGUCAUUGAAGAAGGCAGAGAACAAAAUAGUACUUAUAAACUUGAACAGAAUGUGUCGACUUGUCCGUCCUUGGUGCAUCCCCUGAAGUGGAUCUGUGCGACAUCAGGGAAGUGGGUCAGCAGUCGCUGUCCUCGCGUCCUCUCAUUGAAUUUGAAUGAUUUUGUCAUUUGAAACAUCCCUCCAGUCUGUUGUGGCUGUGGUGAAGCGUGAGAGAAUUCUUGCACUUUUCGUCCAUUACUGAUUGGUUUUUAGAAAUAAUAAUUUAAUCAUAAACUUACAUUUUGAAGAUUUACUAAUGAUCUUAGUAUAAGCGAUUUGAUGAAGUCUUUUUUUCCUCAUACUAAUAUUUCUAAACCCUCGAUGGCAAAUGAAUAAUGAAAUAACAGAAUGAAAAUUAAUAAAAUAAAAUGAAGUUUAAUAAAAUAGAAAAACAAAACAAAGUGAAGUCAAACAGGAACAUAAAGCAUUAAAAGUAAUAGUAUGCAAUGCGUCUCAUGGAUCACAAAAUGUAAUAGUACUGGCCAUUAAAUUGUUUGCACUAAAGGCUAUAUGUGAUUAGGCAUCAAAGACAUUGGAUCUGGGCCAUGUGAGUUUAAGAAUAAAACAAAUUUAAAAAAGCAUAUAACAUGAAUUGUGGUAGAAAUCCAGUCCGUUUGACUGUGGUGAAGUCUGAGAAAAUUAUUGCUCUUUUUGUCAAUGACUCAUUUGUUUAAUUAUUCAAUCUUUCAAUCAUAAAUUUACAUCUGAUACUUUGUAGUUUUACUAGCGGUCUUUGUAUAAUCCAUGUAAGUCCAUUUCUAAUUCUGAUAAUUUUAAGCCCCCGUGGCAAAAGAAAUAACCCAUUAAAUUAUUUUAAAAAUAACAUUAAUGAAAAAUAAACUGAAAUAAAGCACACAAAAAAAUCAAGCAUAAAAGUACUGAAAGUGGGAGCAUGCAGUGUGUCUCACGAAAUUUACGGAGAACAGCUCUAAAGCAAUAUUAUCACAAUACGAUUAAAUUGUUUGCACUGGAGGCUCUAUAUAUAUAUAUAUGACGUAUAAUCUUUUAAUUAGCAGUCAUAACACCUCAGUUCACAAAUACACUGGAUAUGAGCUAUGUGAGUCCUAAAAUAAAGCAUGUAGAAAGAAACUGUGUGCUUAACAUAUAAGAACAUAGAAACUAAACCAAUUGUAUAAUAGUACUUUAAUUAGUGGAUUAUAAAAAUUCUGGAAAAUAUAUUUAUUGUGAUGUUUGUGGACCUGUCUAUUAUUAUUGUUAACAAGUUGGAUUUUAUGUUAUAAAGGUAAAUUUGUAUUUUAUCACGUGUUUUAAUUUUAAUUUUGUGAUGGUUUGUCUAAUUAAAUACAUUCGUUAGAUAACUAUUCACUAAAUUUACCUAAUUAUGUCCCCUGCAAGUAAUGAAAAGCUCUCCUUUCCUCCUCUUCUCGUCAUUUAUUAUUCGUUUGUGAAGAUGAAUUUCAAGUAGCUUCAAGUUCUUUUCUACCUUUGCAUUCCAGGUGACAUCGUAUAAUAUGAUAGACAAGAAAAACAUGAUUGUACUAUUUUUAAAUGGCUUCCUUCAAUUUUUUUUCAACAUGGUAGCUACACAUGAAGCGCGUUUUUAUUCUAGAUGACAUUGUAUGUAAUAAACAAGAAAAAAUGAUUGUACUCUUUCAUCCAACUAUAACAUGACCGAUACAGAAAAUGGGUAAAAAUAUGUGAAAUCCUUGUGUGGUAGACGCUUUUAUUAAAAAAAGCAUAUCUUGACUCCUCCACUCCCUUUCUUUUUCUGUCACACAAUAUCUUUAAUCGGUUUUUAUGUGUAGUGUUUGUUUUUGUAUUUAAAAAUUUUUUUGAAUAUUUUUUCCUUGAUUAAGUUGUUGUGAGGUUUUCAGAUCGACAGGUAGUGGUUGGACUAGUAAACAGCUGUGAUACAAAAUGAAAAAUCAUUUUAAAUUUACAUCUUUUUCCGCUUCCAAUUUCAAAUAAAGGAGUGGAGCAGAUGAUUUUAACCUAUUAAUCAAAGAAUUAUUCAUGGUCUGGUAAAUUCAUUUAACAGGUAAAUCAACAUGAGUAAGAAUAGACUAAUUGUUUUUUACUUCUCUAUAAUAAAUCUUUAUCAUCUUCA